CUCGCAAUCUCGGAGGCCAUGAACCCGCUUGAACGUUUUUGCUUGCGACCGCCAGAGGGCUCCUACAAUCACGAUGGCGUCGACCGAGAUGGCUGCAUUGUAUGCGACGGACGAGAAAGGCUCCUAUAUACCUGCAACGCAAAGACCUGAUGGGACUUGGCGCAAGGCCCGACGCGUCAAAGACGGCUAUGUGCCCCAGGAAGAGGUCCCCUUGUAUGAGAGCAAGGGAAAAUUGUGGGCCAAGAGCCAGUCUGGGCACAAGUACCCUGUCGGGCUGUCCAAAGCAGAGAUCGAGGAGUACGAAGCUAAACAAGCAGCACAACAGCAGCCAGACGCUGCAAAAAAGAAGAAGAAGAAAAAGAAAGGAGCUGCCAAAUCUGCCGAGGCGUCUGCAUCUGAAGUUGCCGUGGACCAGUUGGCUGCUACCUUGGAGUCGCAGGCCAAGAUAGAAGAAUCGGCACAGCCAUCGUCAUCUGCUGACCCUGCCAAAAAGUUGCGCAACCUGCGCAAGAAGCUGCGUGACAUUGAGCAGUUGAAGAGGAGGAUAGAGUCCGGUGAAUUGGCCAACCCGGAACCAGAGCAACUUGAGAAAGUGGCACGCCAGGAAGAGAUAGAGGCACAGAUAGAAGAGCUCGAACUCGACGGCAUCGAAUGAGAAGUGCGCCGGGAAGACCAGCAGCUUGGCACACCCUGCCCUUCAACCCUACUCGAGCGUGUACCAGUGGCACGUCUCUUCCCACUGGCCAUAACGCACAACUUCUGGAGACUGCUGUGGCAGUACCAGGUACACGCCAGAGAAGCUGCGCCGAGAUGCCACUGGCCACACUCGUGUGCCCUGUCCACGAAAGGGUGUGUAGCUCUGGUCGAUCGUGGAGACGCAGUUCUGGACGCUGCGGCCUCUCUCCGGGCAGACCUCACCAUCAACCCAUUGUCACGGACAUUGUGCUGUCUUGUGCUUGAGCUGCCUCAGCCACAGGGCAGCCUGCAAGGUUUUUCAUGCAGCUACCCAUUUCCAUAAUCACUCUUGCACUCUCCCGUAUAUGACGACUCUCUUCUCAACCCCAUGUCGAGGCCAGAUGGAAGCGGCUGCCCCCAUUCUGGCUUGAGUGAACCUUAUACUUGGCCUAGUCCAAAAGGCUCAGGAACUGGUCACAAGGCGAUUUCCCAUGUGCAAGGCUGCAUUUUCAUCCUACGUUAUGUUACUUAAUGCGUAUGAUACAAAUUAAUGGUCAGCCUGGCCUAAAGAGGGAAAUGGAAUAUUGUCGAAACGUCACAUCUCGAUGUGGCGUGUGCAUUAACAUCACGCUGAAAUUUGACCCAAACAGUAAGAGACAUAUCUUUCUUGUAAGUAUGAACUCCUUAAGAGACCUUCAUUCAACAAUACAAAAAAGAUGAAUUUUUAAUUUUUAUUGUGCCAUCCAUCUGCUCACAAAGAGCCUACCAAGUCGUGUCCACGAGCUCGUUGUUGUAGCUUUAAGAAAGGCGUCUGGCUGAACUAGCUGAUCUGAAAGAAAAGCUGCAAAACACAAGGGGAUUAGUUACUGCAAUGUCUUGCAAGCCUCCUAAUGGUACAUUUUGAUAGAACGAUAAAUGGGCUCUUGUAGAAGAAAAACAGAAUAGAAUCGUAUGUAAGUGAAGAAAGGAAAGCUACUUCAACAAACCAAUAAAGUGUUAACAAAACAC